AUGUUUAGACAGACGAAGAAGAGGAUUUCCUCUAGGAGGAAUUUCGGCUCUGCCGAGGAAGGUAGCAAUGACUCGCUAACGGCCAGCAGCAGACCGGAGCAAGAGCAAAGACAGUUGGAACGACUUUAUACUGGGAAACUGUCCUUUUACCAUGAGCGGCCCCUUGGGGAGAUUACGUUGGAGCAUUUUGAGACGUGGGCUAUAGACAGGCUGAAAGUGCUGCUUGAGAUUGAGGCGUUCGUCUCAAGAAACUACAGUUUGAAGGAGAUGGAGUCUCUCAUGAAACCUCUUUUGCACAAGCUGUUGCCUCUCGGGACCGAUAAUGUUGCUGAUAUGAGAAAGGACUACAUAUCGCAUUACAUCUUGAGGCUGUGCUUUUGCCGGAAGAAAGAGCUCAGAGACAAAUUCGUCCGCUCAGAGACGCUCCUGUUCAAGAUUAGAUUUGGGAUGUUGACCUCCACAGACCAAGUGAAAUUCGUGCAGUCCUUGCACUUGUCCACUUCGCAGUCCAUCACAGAGGAGGAGAAACGUACCCUGUCCAAAGAACUGUACCAAACAAUAUCCCCGCUACUCCAGUUCCAAAUGAAUAUCUCAGAUGAACAACAAAAGCAGGCGUACUUUCAACAGGAGAGAUUCAUAAAGUUGCCCUUUGAGAAUGUCAUCGAGCUGUUGGGGAACAGACAGGUGUUUAUAAAAAAUGGGUAUGCGUACUUGCCCCAUUUCCAACAAGUGACGAUGAUCUCUUCUGAGUUCUCACAACGUUUGAACGAUGAACUGAUGAGGACUUUCCAAUUCCUGCCGAGACUGAAUGAGGACGACAGGCUGGUUCCGAUCUUGAACCACUUGUCCUCCGGUUACACGGUGUCUGAUUACAACAACAGCAAGGGCGCAAACGGGUACGGAAACAACGACGACGACGAGAUCAAUGCAGAGUCCGUGUGGUCCCCCGAGAUCAGCAAGCAUUACCCAUUGUCCGUGAGAAACCUGAUGCAGGGUUUGAAGCAGAACCACCAUUUGCGUUACUAUGGUCGACAACAGUUGACCCUUUUUUUGAAGGGUAUCGGGUUGAGCGCGGACGAGUCGCUGAAGUUUUGGACAAAGGCAUUUGUCCAAGGUGGCCAUAUCAGCGAGGAUAAAUUCAAUAAAGAGUACAGGUACAAUUUCAGGCACAGUUAUGGGCUGGAAGGUAAUAGGAUCAAUUACCGGCCCUGGGAUUGUCGUACUAUUUUGUCGAAACCUCGGCCCGGGAGGGGCGAUUACCACGGGUGUCCCUUCAGGGAUUGGAGCAGCGAGCGGCUAACCUCUGAGUUACAGGCGAUGAAUCUGACACAACAACAGAUAACCAGUGUCUUGGACCUUUCUGAAAAGGGGGAUUACAUUUUAGCGAACACGAAAGUGUUUGAGUUUACGCAUAAGGGCGCGGAUGUCGCCGAGGGGACUUUGAUUGACCAUCCAAACUUGUAUUUUGAGAGAUCUAGGAUGUUGGAAAAGAAGCGUUCUGCCAUGGGCGGCAAGUAG